CAGUCUGCAGUACAGCAAAAUAAGAUAAUUCAUCUGCGGUACUGUUACUAGUACUACUUUGAUUGCGAAACGCAACUGAAACAUUCAAAGCACCGCCCACGCUUCGGUGGGGGAGCCUAGCCAAGUGGAAAAAUAUAAUAAUAGCAACAUAACUAGAACUCUGCAUUGUAAAAUACAGUAUCACGUCACCAUCUCAGUCGAGACAUUUUCAGCUACCGGACAUUAAACUACCCAUUAAUCUGAAUCACUCCGAAAAAAAAACUUGAAAAACAAGAUGGAAAUUGCGAUAUACUCACUACAAUCUGCACGCAACGCCAUCAACGGUGGCGCCACACGAUUGGAAAUUUGCGCAUCUCCCUCCGAAGGCGGGCUCACCCCUGCUCCAGGAUUGGUCCACGCAAUAAAAUCGCAAUAUUCGAAAAUUCCGCUCUACUGCAUGAUUCGGAUAAAGCCCGGAAAUUUUGUAUACACAAGAGAAGAGAUGGAUGUGAUGCUAUUCGAUCUCAAAAUUCUGAGCCAAAAUGGUGCCGAUGGGUUUGUCUUCGGAGCUUUAACGGAAAACUGCGAAGUUCAUAAAGAUUUUUGCAGAGAAAUAAUAUCUGCAGCUGCACCGAAAGGAGUUACAUUUCACCGAGCAUUUGACCAGGUUGAAGAUCCUUUCACUACUCUGGAAGAUCUAAUAAGCCUUAGAUUUGAACGGCUUUUAACUUCAGGACAGAAAAAUACAGCGAUAGAAGGUGUGAAGCUCCUCCAAACGCUGGUGAAAAAGGCAGGAGAUCGGAUUAGCAUAAUGCCGGGGAGUGGUGUAACCCCGAAUAACAUAUCUACAAUUAUGGAAAUAUCCGGAGCGAAUGAGUUUCAUUCAUCUGCAAAAAUACGAAUCGAUGCGGAGGGAGUGUUGAAUAAAAUAAAACUUUCCGAAGAUGAGAAAUUUAUUACUGUAGCGAAUGAGGGUUUUGUUAAACAGAUGACUGAGAUCAUAAAUCAGUGCUGAAGUUUGGUGCUAUCAAGGAUUAUCUCCGAAUUAACAGAUAGUAGUUUUUACCAAGGACUGAUUGCACUAAGAGCAAUCGUCCAUCUGCUAGUUACCAUUUAGCAUCCAUUUUGAGGGCUACGGAUGAACUCGGUAUGUUUCUGUUUUUCGGUGCGUAAAAUCCAAAUUUGAAGAUCGUUUUGCCGACAAAUAAAAGUUAUUAACAUUUCAAUUGUUGACGCCGACUUUUCUCGAUAACUAUCCAAAAAUGAACUUUUCAGGCAGAUAUUACAAAAAAGAUUUUUUUAUGAAUUGCUGUACGCUAGGAUGUACUGAAUCAGUUAACGAAAAAUUUUAUACACAAAUGUGACUCAAUAAUACCAAUUAGCAGAGGGAAUCUCAAAUGUUUAUCCCAAGUUUCAUGCGAAUUAUGGAACGUUUACUCUCAAAUGAAAAAAGUUCGAAAAACGCUGAUAUCUCGAAAACUUUGUAUGAACAUUGAUCUCGGUAAAAUAUACCAUGACGAGUAUUUUGAUAAAAAAAACUCGGACCAGUGGUUCGAGAGAUAUUGAGCGAAACAGUUUUUCACAGAGAGUUCAGUAUCUUAAAAACUAAUCAUUCACUUCGGCCCAUUGAUAAACCCAUCCUGUAAUAUCAUAAGAGUUACAACCCUAGCUAAAUUUCAACUUCCUACUUUAAUUUUUCAGGGCGUUAUCGUAGACAACGAUUUCAUGAAAAUGAAAAACUGCGGAUUAUUAUCCAAUUGUCUCUAGUUGCAAUAUUGUGAUUUGAUUUUAUACAUGUUAUGACUAAGAACAUUUUUACGUAAAGACAAUUGAAUUCAAUUACGUAGUUUUUGAUAUUGAUGAAAAGAUCUUUGAGAAAUUGCUGUAUCUCGAAAACUACUUGACCGAUUAAGCGACAAUUGUGCCCAGAAGUGCGCCAAAAUAAUACCAAUUAUGCGAUAGAAUGUAAGAUUUUUAGCUUCAACUUUAGUUGAAGAGCAAAAUUGAAGAAGAAUGAAAAUGGUAGCAAUAAAAAAAAUACCAAGUCGGUUUGUAACAGUAAAAAUGCGAAUGGACUAUAGUUGAAUAUGUAUACUCUGGGAUAAAUUUGUUCAUGUAUAAACCUCAUGGGCUACCUGAUGGUCGUUAACUGACGGUCUAGUAACUAAAUCAUAAAUUUUCUUUAACUACAGCAGAUGCAACUCCGGGCCCAAUCAUAUAAACAUAUGUUGUAUUCAGUAAAUUUGAGACUAUUUAUCAAAAAUUCAACUGUGAACUACUUCACAGUGACUAUAAAUAUAGAUUGGCACCAAUGAUCUGCUUUCGCAUCGGAAAAAUACUGUACGAACAUAUUUGAAAAUAUAAAACAACGUAAAGCAUA